AUGGACGAGGCUGAGGACGGCGAGGAGGAGCCCACGUUCCCGCGGCCGUGGCCGCCUCAGACCGCGGGCUCGCGGGGGGGAGGAUGCGCGCGUCCCGGGAGCGGCUGGGGGAGCGAGAUGAGGAAAUUUGCGCUCGGAGGCGGGGCCGCGCGCACAAACUCCAGCAACAACAACGAGCCCUGGCCGUGGCAGAGCGCGGAGUGUGAGGCUGCCGGUGACCCAGAGCACCGGACCGGGGGGGGCUCAGAGCCGGGCGUAACGGGAGACGCGCCCGUCGGUAUGAUAUGCAACAAAAACGGAGACUGCAGAAGAGAUCCGGCCAGCUCGGGGAGCCUGUCCUCCCUCAUCUCCAGACGAGACCAGCAGGAGGACGGAGAUGUAACAAGUGCGGGCUUUAAGGGACUGGCUGCGGGCAUGGACGGCUCCGGGGCUCCGGCGGGACCCCCGGCACAGGGGCCCGGGGCUCCAGAGAAAAAAGACUCCAGGGUUUCCUUCUCCAGCCCCCCGGGUGGCAAAGGACAGACCCCGGGGCUCCAGUCGAGAAACUCAGUGACUUUCUCCAAAGCGGAGGACGGGUCCCAGAUAGAUCCGGACGAUGGGGACUCCCGGGGCAACCAGACCUACAUGCAGCGGCAGUUCAGCUCCAUGCUCCAGCCGGGAGUUAACAAGUUCUCCCUGCGGAUGUUUGGCAGCCAGAAGGCGGUGGAGAAAGAGCAGGAGCGCGUCAAGUCAGCGGGGAACUGGAUCAUCCACCCCUACAGCGACUUCAGGUUCUACUGGGACUUCACCAUGCUGAUGUUCAUGGUGGGAAACCUGAUCAUCAUCCCCGUGGGCAUCACCUUCUUCAAGGACGAGACCACCACGCCCUGGAUCAUCUUCAACGUGGUCUCCGACACCUUCUUCCUCAUGGACCUGGUGCUCAACUUCCGGACGGGCAUCGUGUUCGAGGACAACACGGAGAUCAUCCUGGACCCCAAGAAGAUCAAGAUGAAGUACCUGAAGAGCUGGUUCGUGGUGGACUUCGUGUCCUCCAUCCCGGUGGAUUAUAUCUUCCUGAUCGUGGAGAAGGGCAUCGACUCGGAGGUGUACAAAACGGCCCGGGCGCUCCGCAUCGUCCGCUUCACCAAGAUCCUCAGCCUGCUGCGCCUGCUGAGGCUCUCCAGACUCAUCCGCUACAUCCACCAGUGGGAGGAGAUCUUCCACAUGACCUACGACCUGGCCAGCGCCGUGAUGCGAAUAUUCAACCUGAUCGGGAUGAUGCUGCUGCUGUGCCACUGGGACGGCUGUCUCCAGUUCCUGGUUCCCAUGCUGCAGGACUUCCCCGCCGACUGCUGGGUCUCCCUCAACAAGAUGGUGAACGACACCUGGAGCGAGCUCUACUCCUUCGCCCUCUUCAAGGCCAUGAGCCACAUGCUGUGCAUCGGCUACGGCCGGCAGGCCCCCGAGAGCAUGUCGGACAUCUGGCUGACCAUGCUCAGCAUGAUCGUGGGCGCCACCUGCUACGCCAUGUUCAUCGGCCACGCCACCGCGCUCAUCCAGUCCCUGGACUCGUCCCGACGGCAGUACCAGGAAAAGUACAAGCAAGUGGAGCAGUACAUGUCGUUCCACAAGCUGCCGGCUGACUUCCGACAGAAAAUCCACGACUACUACGAGCACAGAUACCAGGGCAAGAUGUUCGACGAGGAGAGCAUCCUGGAGGAGCUGAACGAGCCCCUGCGCGAGGAAAUUGUCAAUUUCAAUUGCCGUAAGCUGGUGGCGUCCAUGCCGCUUUUUGCCAACGCCGACCCCAACUUCGUAACGGCCAUGCUGACCAAACUGAGGUUUGAAGUCUUCCAGCCAGCGGACUACAUCAUCAGGGAGGGCACCAUUGGCAAAAAGAUGUACUUCAUCCAGCAUGGGGUGGUGAGCAUCCUGACCAAAGGGAACAUUGGCAUGAAGCUGAUGGAUGGUUCCUACUUUGGAGAGAUCUGUCUGCUGACCCGUGGCAGACGGACGGCCAGUGUGCGGGCGGACACCUACUGUCGCCUGUACUCGCUCUCCGUGGAUAACUUCAACGAGGUGCUGGAGGAGUAUCCCAUGAUGAGGAGGGCCUUUGAGACGGUUGCCAUCGACAGACUGGACAGGAUCGGCAAGAAGAACUCAAUCCUGAUGCACAAAGUCCAGCACGAUCUCAACUCGGGCGUUUUCAACAAUCGCGAGAACGAGAUGAUCCAGGAAAUAGUCAAAUACGACCGGGAGAUGGUCCAGCAGGUGGAGGUGCCGCGGCCGCGGGCCAUGUCCAUGACGCCCCCCCUGCCCGGCGGGCUCUACCCCCCCCCGCCGUCCUCCGGCCACUCCCGGGAUUCGGCCAUUGCCACUUUGCAGCAGGCCGUAGCCAUGAACUUCUGCGCCCCCCUGCAAGGGAACCCGGUGGGAGCAGGACCCCUGCAGUCCCCCCGGAUGGUGAGGAGGUUCCAGGUCCUGCAGAGCGUGUCCAGCCCCGCCUCGGCCCCCCCGCUGCAGUCCCAGUUUCUCGCUUCCGGUGCCUUCGCUCCAGUCUUGGCCAGCCCUCCCGUGCAGAGCCCCUUGGCGGCCGGAGGACGAUCGUUCCAGUACGGGUCCGGCGCCCUGGCCGGUCCCGCCUCGGGAUCCCAGAGCUCUCUGGCCCAGCAGCAGACGGUCAGCCCCGCGCACCGGCCCAGCAUGCACAAGAGCACCCACUCCCUGCAGAUGAGCAGCCUGAGCCAAGACGCCAGGGCCCUGUCCGCCUCCCAGCCCUCGCUGCCUCACGACGGGGCGCAGGCCGGCGCCCCCAGCCCGCCCCAGUCCACCCGGGUCUCCUCCACCUCCAUCGGACCCCCUCACACCCCGUCGGGCAUCGCGGGCGUCCGGAGCGCCGUUCCGCAGAGGGUGGUCCUCCCCCACCAGAUGUCGGUGGGGGCCUUCCCCGUAGCGUCACUGCCAGGCUCGGUGCAUAGUUUCGCCGCCGGGAUGGGGCUGGCGGUGGGGGGGAAGGGUCAGGGGGACUCGGGACUCCCUAAAAAGGACUCUAUCGCGAGCCUUCCAGAGACAGACCACAUCAAGGUCAGGUCCAGGCUUUCCUCAAACUUGUGA